AUGGCACACGAUACAUAUGAAUUGCCUUCCAUUUACACGAGGCAACCACCUGAACAAAAUUUUGUCGAUUCUGAAGACGAGGAAGAAGAGAUUAUCAUCAACAACGAUGGGCGAGGCGGCAUGAUGGUACCACCUUCGAGUUCAGUGCUUCCAUCGAGGCAUACUUCAUAUAAAGAGCUACACACAGAAGACAAUAGACUUGCUUGGCUGUUGCUGGGCACCGCAUUCUUUACACUGAUUAUGACAGUGAUCCCAGUGGUUGCUGAUUUACCGAAUAUAUCUCCUUGGUUUACAGGCGAUGCUCUUUGGCGCUUCUUUGACCCACUGAUCACACUGCCGUUGAAUUUGUUUGUCAUCACAAGAGCAGAUACCAUGACCAGCGGAAGGUCGAAUUACUGGGGCGCAUUGAGUGAAGCCAGUGUGACAUGGCUAUUGUGGACAGUGGGUGCAGGAAUGUAUUGUCAGUUUCACGGUGUUCAUACAGCGGCCGCAUUGUUCAAGCAUCCCAUUCAAGAUUUCAACAUAGCUCAUCCGGAACUCGUAGCUCAGUAUCCAGUGUUACAAGAAAUGUAUCUCAACAUGCAAACGACAUGGGAACACUAUAUUGCGCAUUACUUGUAUGCUGGAGGUGCCAUGAUCAUGAGCUGGGUGCAACUGUUUGCCUUCAGAAAUCAAGUGCACGGCCCUUUACCGAUUGUCACCAAAGUGGUGUGGUGCAUUGGAUCCAUCAUCUACGGAUUGUUACUUGCUGGUGUAGCUAUUGAAUUUCCUCAUGGAUUGAUCGUCGGAUUAGUGUACACGAUUGUGAUUGGAUUCAUCUGCAUAGCCAUGAUGAUUUUCAACCGCAAAAAUUUACCAAGAGGAGGGCUAUUGACAAUGGGAAGACGCAUGGUGAUUCAAUUUUAUUUGGGUGCAUGUGUGCUUGGAUUGAUCGUCAUUAUCAUUUGGAUUGGCAAAUACGGGUUACUGAAUAGAAAAGCAGCUGGCAUUGCUGUUUAG